AUGGAAAUGUCAAUGAGCAUGACGAUGAAGAUAGUUGAAUGGAUGAAAGGGCAACAGACUGUCACCUCCACAAAGCAGGCGCUAGUCACCGGCUUCAGCCUCCUCACGGGCCUGCUGGGAGGAGCAGCAACCGGGAUCAUCGCCAAGUUCGCCGGUAGAAUCGCACUGGCCGGCAGCUACUCCGACCAUGUCUUCUGGAUCGUUCCUGAUGACUUCACGCACAUCGGAGAGGUCGACGCUGAUGUCAAGGUUAUGUAA